GCUUCAGUCUGCCAGUGAGUUUGAGUGGUUGUGCCUGCUAAUAAUAUGCAGGUAUUCCGCCAUGGAGGGGCGCGUCUGCGGGCUGGGAAAAGGCUUGCAAAGCUGCCUCAUUUCAGGAGUUUUCACAUGGAAGUCGAUCUCCUAACAGACGUGAAGCGUCGCGGGCUGGUCUCCCAAAUAUCCUCACCUGAACUUCUCGGCCAGCUGCUCAGAGAGAAGCAGACCGUGUACAUGGGCAUCGACCCGACCGCCCCCGCGCUGCACGUCGGGCACCUCCUCCCCCUCAUGUGCCUCAUGCACUUCCACGUCCGCGGGCACACCGUCCAUCCCGUCAUAGGCGGCGCCACCGGGCUCGUGGGCGACCCGUCGGGGCGGGCGAAAGCGAGGGACAGGGAUAGUCUCGCGAAUGAGCGGAUCGAGGGGAACGCGCGGAGGCUCGCGGAUAGUAUGGGGGUGUUCUUUCGGAAAGGGCUGGAGUAUGCUGAGGGGAGGUGGAAGCAAGAGGGGCCGACGAUUGGGUCUCCGGAGGUGCUCAAUAACCUCGAAUGGACUAGGGACCUGAGUUUGCUGGAGUUUCUGCGCACUGUCGGGGUCCAUGCGAGAAUGAAUACUAUGCUAGGGAGAGAAAGUGUCAAGCUUCGUCUCUCAUCUGAAGAAGGCAUGUCCUACACCGAGUUCUCCUACCAACUUCUCCAAGCCUACGACUUCUAUACACUAUUCCGCAAAAGAGGCUGCCGAAUCCAGAUCGGCGGCUCCGACCAGUGGGGAAACAUCCUCGCGGGGCAAGAUCUCAUCGGCCGCCUCGCGGGGCCUGACCAAGCGGUGGUUUGUCUCACGACGCCGCUGUUCACUACGUCGUCUGGGGAGAAGUUUGGGAAGAGCGCGGGGAACGCUGUGUGGUUGGAUGACUCCAUGACGAGCCCAUUUGAUUUCUAUCAGUUCUUCACUCGUACGACCGACGAAGAUGUACCAAAACUGCUCAAAAUGCUGACUCUUCUCCCAAUGGAGACGAUCGACGCUUCGCUCAACGAGCAUAAAAAUACACCCGAACGUCGGGUAGCCCAGCAUCUGCUCGCGGAUGAGGUCACUGAAAUGAUCCACGGGGUCGACGGCCUACGUCAAGCCCACGCUGCCACAAAAGCCUUAUUCGCGAAGGACUAUACUGGCAUCAAAGCCGCAGACGUGAUUGCUGCCCUGCGCGGAGACCCCCGUCUAGUAUUUUCUUCUGGAUCUGAUUUGUUCGCAAAGCCGCUUGCGCGAUUAGCCCAUGAGCAUCGCCUUGUGCCGUCGAUGUCUGCAGCCCGCCAGUUGGUGUCGUCGAAGGGGUUUUACGUGAAUAAUAAGCGGGUUGAGGAGGUCGGGUUCACGCUGCGACAUUCAGAUCUAUUAGACGGACGUCUCGCUAUAGUACGAGCAGGUAAAGGCAACCAUUUAAUCAUUGCGCUGUCCGAACAUUAGCCGAUACAUGUAUAUACUCGCAGUUAUGAUAAUACAUACACUGCUUGAAGAUCGACAUUCGAAUAGCAUAGCCACCCAGAUCCCAUCGGG